AUACAUUAUUUUCUCAUAAUCAUUUCUUUAAAAACAAUUACAGCUUAUUCAUACAUUGGUGUUCCGCGACGAAAAGCAGUUGCGAUUUUUCAAACUUCUUCCGAUUGUAUUAAUAUACGUGUACACACACACACACACACACACACACACAAAUCAGAAAGAAUAUUUCACUAUAUUUGUAUACUUUGUAUGUUUCCAUAUCACUAUUCAAUAUGAUGUUGCCUUUACUUACAUUUAUAACUGGUUUUACUAUCGUUUCGGCAAAGUUGAUUCCGAACGAUGAAAAUUGGGAGCUGUACAAAUCCACUUUCAGAAAGGAAUACAGAAACGCAGAAACAGAAAAUUUCAGACGUGCUAUAUGGAAAGAGAAUGGCAAUUAUAUCAAUCAACACAAUUUAGAAGCUGACAUGGGUAUUCACACCUUUUGGAUGGAUAUGAACGAAUAUGCAGAUCUGAGUAACAGAGAGUUUGUAGAAAUGAUGAACGGCUUUCUUCCGCAGAACAGUAGUACCGAGACAUUUAUCAGCGACAAGCUUGUAUACUUGCCUCGUAUGGUAGACUGGAGACAACAUGGAUACGUAACAGGAGUGAAGAACCAGGGACUGUGUGGUUCGUGCUGGGCAUUUUCUUCUACCGGUUCACUUGAAGGACAGAUCUUCAGAAAAUAUGGCAAACUGAUUUCAUUGUCGGAACAAAAUCUUAUAGACUGCUCUUCAGCAUUCGGAAACAAUGGUUGCAACGGAGGACUUAUGGACCAUGCAUUCAGCUAUAUCCGAAUAUUUGGUAUAGAAUCAGAAAUAUCCUACCCAUACCGCGCAGAGCAACAGAGGUGUUGGUAUAACAGGAGCAAAGUAGUCGCUUUUGACAUUAAUUAUGUUGAUGUGUUAAAGACAGAGCACGCACUACAAAUAGCAGUGGCCAACGUGGGUCCGGUCUCUGCUGCCAUCGAUGCAAGUCCUUCUACAUUCCAAUUCUACAGUCAUGGCGUUUACGUAAGUAAUGAUUGUAACCACAAAUUGAACCAUGGGAUCUUGGUAGUUGGAUACGGAACAGAAAAUGGACAGGACUACUGGUUGGUGAAAAACAGUUGGGGUGAAAGUUGGGGUGAUGGUGGUUAUAUCAAAAUGGCCAGGAACCGUAAUAACAUGUGCAGUAUUGCGUCCCUUGCUAGUUACCCUUUAGUUUGAAUCAUCACACUCUUUGUUUCUAAUUUUUUUUUAUCGAUUUUGAAUGAUUAAACCAUUUUACAUCUA